GUGUACCGGCGUUGUCUAGCCAGUAUCAAUCGUCAGUAGUAGCAGUAUUUGUAACACUCGGCCCAAGUGUAGACAGUGCGAACAGUUCUAAAACCUUUACCUGUAACAUCACCCUCAACUUCGAUCCCAAAUUUGUAUGUUUCAAAUCUAAUUCCGCACCCUAACCCUCCCAACAAAAACAAAACAUGCAGCGCAUUCCGAAUCCCGCUAAAGUAGCCCUCCGCCAACGUAUCAAGCAGCAGCUGCACGCGCUAACGCCCGCCGAACGUCAGCGACAAUCGAGCAUCAUCAUCGACAAGGUUACGGCACUUCCGUUCUACGAGCAGUGUCAAAGGAUUAGCGUCUAUCUCAGCACCGACACCGAAGUCAACACCCGGCCCCUGCUGGAGCGCAUGUUUCAGCAACGCAAACAGGUUUUUGUGCCGACGUACAACAGGACCGCGAUGAAAAUGGUACGAAUCAAUGAUAUGGAGGAUUACGAGCGGCUACCGACGACCACGUGGAAUAUCAAGCAGCCCGCCUUCGACGAUGUAACGCGUGAAGAUGGUCUCACAACAGGAUUCGAUCUAAUCAUUCUGCCCGGUGUAGCGUUUACCCGUGCAGGUGGGCGUCUCGGUCACGGUGGUGGAUAUUAUGAUCGAUUUUUGCACGAGUACUUUGGCAAACAUCCCAACGGCCCGCAGCACACCACCCACCUGGUGGGGGUCGGAUUUAGCGAGCAAAUUGUGGCGGCCGACGAGUUGCCGUCCGACGAGCACGACGUAUCGAUUGAUUGCAUUGUAACAGCGGAUUGAAUAAUGUAGCGAGCGACCGGUAUUGUGCCGUUUAAUUGCAGCCUGUUGAAUACUCAGAAUGGGUGGCGGUUAGAAUCACAAAGGAGGGUAAAGGGUUUGGUUUUAAAGUGCCCAUACCAAACACUUUUGACGUCAAAGGUCUUUUUUUUAAUUUUCAAAGAAAAUAUAAGUA